AUGUCCAACUUUUUGAUUUAUGGAUUUGUUUCCCAAAUUCAAUGCCCGGAUUCCAGCUCUGAUGACGAGGGCGACAAUGUUUUGAAGGCGGGGUUUGAAACUGAAGCAGAGACCUAUGCAAAGAUUGACACUCCAUUGACCACUCCUUUGCCAGAUGAGGAGGAACAAGAGGAGGCACAGGAGGAUGAAGAGCUGGUGCAUUCACCAUUAUCAUCUGGAUUGAGUGACGUGCGAUUAGAUGUCAACGCUGGAGAACUCAUUCGUUAUUUACUGCUUCCUUAUGAAUCAGAGGAACAAAAUCAACCUUAUUCUGACCUGAUCUGCGAGCAACAGCCCAAUCUGAAUCUUCAACUAAACUUGGAUCAAGAGGCGAACUUGGAUCAACAAUCAACCUCAGAUCGGAUACAACUAAGCUCACACCAACAGAGAAGCCGCCUACUCUUACAAUCAGAUACCAAUCAAGAAAACCACUGGGAAAUUCCUAGAGUUCUUCCAGAAAUUGACCUUGUUGGUGCACAAUUCAGAAGAUUUCCAUUCCCAGUUCAAGUUAGUACUAACAACUAUACAUGGGUGUCACCAAGUCCUGACAGAGUCGUGGGUUCUCAUUUUCAUUGGUAUAAUCUCUCAAGAGAGGAUUUGGAUAGGCUCGACGGCUUGUUUAGGUUGAGAAGAGGAUGA